CAUCAAACUCGCCUCUAUUCUAGCACUGUCCAGAACCCCUGACAUUUUCGAUGCUAGCAAUCUACUCCAGCUCGUGAGGGACAUCUUAACAACCAGAUGCGUGGCACUCGGAGCCAACGUCCCCAUCACCUUUGGACUGUGGCUGCUGUAGACUAGACAUGGAGUUGUGGUACACUUUAUUCUACUCUACUAUUACCGUGUUACUAUCUAUGCCACGUUCUCGAUGGGCAGUCAUUGGGACCUGAAGCCGGAUAGUCUUGCGUUGUCGGAGAAUACGGUGUUUGAGUGCGGUGGACAACCACCGCCGCUGAUCUGCUGUGCGUUUGAGGAUAAAUAUACGUAUAGGAAAUCGAUGGUGGAAGAUACGCCUCCUCCUGCGGUUUCGCUGGCUUGUUUUGUGUUUCUUGCGUUGGUGCAGGUUAGUCUAUGGAAGCGGCAUGCGAACAACAAGUUCUCUCGCACUCACCAAUGGGACGUGACUUUGAAAGGAUUGAAUAUCUUCAUCGAACUCGGUCUAGUCACAAUGGUCAUCUUAUACCCACUAAUCGUCCUUGGCCUGGGCAUACUAGGCACAUCCGUGGUGGUCGAUUUCAGCGGCUGGAACGCCGUGUCCAUCUGCGUCCCAGUGACUUAAACGUACUUCUAUUGGGCAAUCUCCGGCAUCGAGUCAUACUCGGCUACGCGGAUCCCGCUCCCUUACAAAAUCACCAACACGGCAAUCGACUCGGAGCAUCUACCACUCCAAUGGACAUUCUGCACGAGAAAUCGUACUCGUUCAACCCUACCACAACCG